GUGCGUGUGCGUGUGUGUGGAGGCGACAGGGAAACCCAUGACUUCCGCAUUUUUCCUCUGUGUCUGAAACUGAACGCGCGUAAAAUAGAGUAUAAAACCCACCAUGGUGCCGACAGUGCAGACAUUCACUCCAACGGUCCGGACUGGACUGUGUGAUACCGAGCUCACCAUCUUUGUGAAGAUAACCCGCCCGACAACUGGAGCUAUACUUUCCAAACUUCCAAAGCUUGCACUUGCACCUUAAGGGUUUUAUUCGCUGAACCUACAAGCUGAGGUUUGUGGACACUUCACUGCCGAUUAAUGGGACAACAAAGUAAAGACGCGGAGUCUCUCCAGGAAAGCGGUCGCCGGCGUGGAAGCUGCCUGGACAUUUUCCUCGUCGUGUCCGUCGUUUCUCUGUUUGUGACUUUGACAGCUCUCACCGUCGGCGGACUGAUGGUUGUGAUGGAGCUGCGGUCCGAACUAAAGACUCUGCGUAAUCAGCGUGAACUUGAGACCCCAAGUCUCCAAACAGGCGCACUUCAAGCAGAUAAAAUGCAGAAUUAUGCCUACCUGGAAGCCAUCUCAAUUGAAUUGAGGAACUCCACUAUGUCCUGGGCUGAAUUCAUGCAAGGCCCUUGGAAAUCUGUGGGAAGCAACAUUGACUUUGACGAGAAGCAGCAUUCACUGAAGCUGAAACAGGAGGGGACCUACUUAAUGUUCAUUGAUCUUAAAGUCACCUGCACCUCCAAAUGCAACGCAGGACUUCUCAGAGUGCGUGUAGGUGAUAAGCUCACCUGUGAGCUGGAGCUUCCAGCAAAUUCAACCACUGUGAGCAGAAAGUGCUGGACUGUGAGCAGGCUGAGUGAUGAGAAACUGUUUGCUCAGAUGACUGUGUCAGAGGGAGAACUGAAUUACUGGAAACUGGAAAGUAAAGGUUCAGGAUUCGGGGUGUUCCUCAUGAACUGAUACGGACGCUGCGGUGUUUGCAUCACUGCUGUCAUCUGGACACAAACGUGCCUGUGAUCACUAAAGAACACCAGUCUGUGUUUUCUUAAAGCCCAAGUCAGUGCAAACAGGUAGGCCCUGGGGCCAUUUUCAAAAGCUAUGAUGAGGUUUCUUACAAACUGAAGGUAUAACACAAAGAACCAAAGAGCUAAAGGUGGAUCCUCAGGAGUAGUUGCUUUUAUGACACUCAUCUCAUUCAAUGUAAAUAUGUAUAUAUGUUUCACUGUAUGGUAUAUUUAUUUGAUGUUAGGGGACUAUUUAAAUACUCGUAUUUAUAAUGAUGCUGCCUUUUUCUGUAUAUAUUUAUGUUGAUGUAGACACUACAUUAGUGAUGUGCAAUACACUGCGAUUUUUAAGCAGCCUGAAUUGUGUUAAAUGUAACUUUAUAGCUCUGUUUUCAUUUUAUAAACAUCUGGGAGCAUAAAGUUGUUGUUUACAAAAAUGUGUAGUUUGAAUUUUGCACCCAAAAACCACAAUGAGCCCCUCGGGGACUGCAUUUGUAUCUAUUCUGGUUAAUCAGAGUCAUUUAAUGUCUCUGACAAAGAAUGAGUAACAGUAUGAGUAAGACUAUGCACCUAAAAUAGCAUUUGCAGAGGCAAAGUCUGAUUUAAAAGUAUCCUAUUCAAAGCAUGAUUAAAAGGGCUGACGUGUUUUUAACGUGGUUAUUUUUCAGGGACAAAUUCAAAGCACCCAGAAAUUGAAAAGGUGUUUUGCUUUUUGAAAAAUAUAUAAGUCCUGUGGACAAACUACUCAUUGUUGAAUGCAUUUUGUUGUUAUCCGUAUUAAACAUGGAUAUGGUAAA